AUGGCGAUAAGAGACAGUUUAAAGGAUAGAAUAAUUUCUGAUGAUCCUAGUAAAUUGCAAGGGAUUUAUGGCUCUUCAAUUUUAACACUUGAAAAGCAGCCGACUUCAAGACAAUUUGAUGGAGUAGAUUUUCCCUACAUUUUGAAACUUGAUUUUAAUGAAGAUUUAGAGAAUUCACUCAGUUUUUUUAAAGAUAUUUCAUCUCAAGGUAUCUUUGACGAUUUAAUUUUCAAACAUGGCGCCGUUUUGAUAAAAAAUAUUGGUCACUCUAGUGCUGCCCAUUUUUCGAAAUUAAUCACUGCAAUAGAAGAAGGAAGAGGUAACAAACCUUAUCAGCAGAUUGGUCUUGCCGGAAAGAGGCACGAAAAAGCAAAGAAUGUAUUUACAGCUAACGAAGGUCCUCCAAGUAUAAGGUUCUACCAACACAACGAAUACGCCAGAUAUACACAUUUUCCACCAUAUAUUCACUUUUUCUGUAGCGAGGCCGCCACACAAGGAGGAGAAACGCCAUUGGGGCAUUCUGCAGAGCUUUUUGAAAAGGUUUAUGAAGCAAUGCCAGAAUUUAUCGAAGAGUUAGCCCAAAGAAGGAUUAAAAGCUCGCAAAAUUAUCCCAGCAAAUUAUCGAAACGAAAUUUUGAAGGGAAUGAAUUCCAUUGGGAAGACGCUGAUGCAUUCGGUCAUUUUAUCAAAGAUGGAGAUUCUCGAAAAGUUCAAAAAGAAAAGGCCGAGGUAAUGAUCAGAAAAUUGACUGAUGAUUUUACUUGGAAUGAAGAUGAAUCCGUAACAAUUCAUCAACAUGUUCCACCUAUUAGAGUUCAUCCCGUUUCAGGCAAACCAAUUUUUUUCAACGGACUAGUUGGCCGCUUUGGUACUGCCAGAGAUAAAGAAGCGUUGGACCCUCCAUACAUUGGUAAUGAUGGUGGGUAUUAUGCACCUAUCGCCUUUAGCGAUGGUGAGUUAAUACCUAAAAAUAAACUUUUAAAAAUUUUAGAAAUUUCUUUACUGCUAGAAUUUAAUCAUAAGUGGGAAGAUGGUGAUUUAGUUCUUGUAGAUAACUAUCAAGUAUCCCAUGGAAGACUUCCCUGGUAUGAUGGUAACAGAGUUAUUUUGGUCAGCAUGUGGGACAAUGGAGAAAACCGGCCAAAAGAGUGGAAUCCAAAGCUCUCCGCAUGA